ACCUUUAUUCGGUUCGACGCCGCGCGGCGAGUCGGAGGCCCUUCGCCCUCGCUCUAAAUAAAGGCUUUAUUUUGUAAACAGCGGGAGCGCUACCGUGCGCUGGGAGGCCGACGCGGCGGCAGUGGUGCGCGCGCGCCGGUCAGUAUGGGGUGUGCUGCAGCCCGCGUUCUGCGCCCGCGACCUCGUGCCCGUGCUAGCAGCCGCCGGCAGCGAUGAAGACGCGCCGUCGCGGCCCACCUGGCCGCAGUUACUGGAACUGGAUCACUUGGACGUUAUGUGCAGUGCUGAGCGUGGCUGGCGAGAGCGUGGCAGCUCAUGAUAGCCUGAAGUUGGUAUGGCUGACCAAUUCAUCAUUUACCUGCAACGAUGGAACUCCUGCUGGCUAUUACAUACGACGGGGCAGCAACACGCAGCAUUGGGUGGUAUACUUGGAAGGCGGGGGUUACUGCUGGGACACAGCAUCAUGCGGCUCGCGCUGGCGUCGUCGGCCCGGCCUCAUGUCCUCUUCACGCUGGCCCCGAACGCGACGGGCCCCCGCACUGCUCUCCUCAGACCCCAAUAUCAACCCUCUCUGGCACAAAUCCAACCACGUUCUCUUACCUUACUGUUCCAGUGACAUGUGGGCAGGAACUCGCGUCAAUCGACGACUUAACACCACCUUCGCAUUUGCUGGAAAAUACAUCGUUCGAUCUGUGCUAUCAGAACUGAUUCAACAUGGUCUCUCCGGACGACUUCUAUUGGUGGGAUCUAGUGCCGGUGGCGCGGGCGUGAUGCUGCACGCUGAUCCUGCGAGAAGAAUGCUCCGAUCUCACGGCAUUCGAGUGGCCUCUCUUGCUGACUCAGGAUGGUUCCUGGACCGACCGGCGCGGGCUAAACGAGUCUCUGCUGACACGGUCGCCAAGCUCGGUCACACUCUUUGGAAAGGAACUCCUCCAUCGUCCUGCGUUCGAAAAUAUCCCAAGGAGCCGUGGCUAUGUUAUUUUGGAUAUCGUUUAUAUCCUCACAUUCGGACUCCAUUGUUUGUAUUUCAGUAUUUGUUUGAUUCUGCUCAGCUCGCAGCUGAAGGCGUUCGAGCACCUAGAACUAGGGCACAAUGGGACGCUGUGCACGCGACUGGGUCAGCUUUACGAUCGAGCCUUAAAAAUGUGCGAGCGACCUUUGCUCCUGCUUGUUUGGCUCACGGGGCGUUGGCGCGACCGGAGUGGUUGGCGAUAAACGUGUCAGGAAUCUCAUUGCCGCGGGCGAUAAAAUGUUGGGAGCAGCGGCUUGGGACUGGAGGACGUAACACACGAGCGGGCUGCGCGCCGCGGCGUCUCAUCGAACGCUGCUCGUGGCCGCAGUGCAACGGCUCCUGUCCUCGUCUGCGCGAUCCAAGAACGGGGGAGGAAGUAGCUCUAGCAUCUCUACUUCAAAGUUUCGGUUUGGAUGUGAAUGGGGCAGCAGCAGCCAUGGGCCUGGAUGCUAGAGCCCUCUCUCGAAUGAGUCGCGCGGAACUCUUGCCACUGCUGGCCCACACACGUGACUGAAACUCAUGCUUUUUAAGACUUUUUGUGCUGGAUGGCACAGUGAAUCUACCUCGUUUCUUGUUGCGGAAGUACAAUUUAAUUAUGUAUAGAUUAUUUAUUGUUUAAUGAUAGUUCUGUAUUUUUUAUUUAUAGUACCUAAGUAAAGACUUGAUUUUCA